AUGUCUCUUUUUGGCGACCUCUCCAAAGCUCCAGUAAAAGGAAGAGGUAAAAUUUUAAUUAAGCUCGAUAAUGGUGGUCACAGUUAUAUUACUGAUAUUUAUUAUGUGCCAGAUAUCAAGCAUAAUUUAUUAAGUCUAGGACAGCUCUUGGAAAAGAGAUAUGACAUUAGUUUAAAAGAUUCCCACCUAAUCAUCAAAGAUGAUCGAGGAUAUCCAAUAUUCCAAGUACGAAUGUCUAAAAACAGAAUGUUUGCUUUAAACAUUCCUCAUGACUCACCAAAAUGUUUAAGUGCCAUUAUAAAUGAUAAUAAUUGGUUGUGGCACUUGAGACUUGGAGAUUUAAGUUUUGAAGGAUUAAAAUUGUUGUCAAAGAAAAAGAUGUUGAAGUGGUUGUCAAAUAUUGAUCAUUCGAAUGAAGCUUGUGAAAGCUGUGUUCUUGGCAAGCAUGCAAGAACAAAUUUACAAAGGAGACAAAAAGACAUGGAAUUCAAGUCUAGUGUUGAAAAACAAAGUGGCUAUCACAUAAAGAUAUUGCGGUCAGAUCAGGAAGAAAAAUAUACUUCUAAUGCAUUUAAAAGCUUUUGUAAUUUGAACGGCAUCAGACAACGGUUCACACCGACUUAUACUCCCCAACUGAAUGGUGUAGUUGAACGAAAGAACUGCACGAAUGUUCGCGGACUAACACCUAAAGAGGCUUGGAGCACAUAUAAGCCUAGUGCAAAUCACCUUCGAGCGUUUGGAUGUAUAGCUUAUGUAAAGAUCUUAGAAACAAGAAAAACUAAACUUUAUGAUAAAAAGGAGAAUGCUAAAGACGUUGAGCAAGUUCAUUUAAUUCUUGAGCAAGAAGAAUUUCAACCACCAAACAGUGGAGCAAGCGGCACACAAACAGUUGUAUCUAGCUCACCCACAACAUUAGAAGAUUCAUCAUCUUCAUUAGAAUCAUCCUCUGAAGAAGUGCCAAGAAAGAUGAGAAACUUGAGGGAUAUUUAUGAUACUACUGAGCAACAAGAAGCUUCAACGAAUAAAAGAUGGCAGAAAGCAAUGGAUGAAGAAAUUAGUUCUAUUGAGAAAAACAACGCAUGGAAGCUCACUGAGUUACCUGAAGGAAAAAAGGCCAUUGGAGUAAAAUGGGUAUACAAAAUUAAAAAGAAUAUACAAGGCAAAAUUCAGAGGUAUAAAGCAAGGUUGGUUGUACAAGCUGCACAACAUAGGUGGAAAAUUUAUCAGCUUGAUGUCAGGACAGCAUUUCUAAAUGGAUAUCUUGAAGAAGACAUAUAUGUGAAGCAACCACCUGGAUACGUACGAAAGAGUCAACCGAAUGAAGUUUAUAAAUUGAAAAAAAGCUCUUUAUGGACUCAAGCAAGCCCAGAGCAUGGAAUACUUGUAUUGACAAUUACUUUAAAAAGAAUGGAUUUAUGCAAUGUCCGUAUGAACAUGCAGUGCAACAAUCCAUCCAUGUCUGAAGCCUUCAAAGAGAAUAUGAUGAAAGAAUUUGAGAUGACUGAUAUUGGAUUGAUGGCGCACUUCUUGGGAUUGAAGUUAAACAACAAGAUGGAAUUUUUAUUUCUCAAAGUGCCUAGGUAG